CAGUCUAAUUAUUUACUCCUAUCCAUUGUAUAGUUUUGUGUUCGAUUAAACUGCAUUUCCUUUAAAUUUUUUUUAAUAAAUUUGCAUUUACAAAUUUAAUUAAUACGCGCCAAAAUAGCAACAAUUUCAUCACCAUUUGUAAUUUAAUUAUCUGCUUAUAAAAGCAAAAAAAAAAAAAAAUAAUCAAACCCUUUUUAAAAAAGGAACACUUAAAUGUUAUGAUACCCAAAAAAUUAUUUUCAAUGUUCAAGUCGAAAGGAAUCAUUAAUCAAACCCUAAAUGAUUUCCGUAUCUCACGAAAGUAUUGUAAUCAACAUCGUCGAAAUGACGCAUUCAAACUACAACGUGCAUUAGUCGUUACAAAAUUCUCACGCUAUGAAUUCGAACAACUGCGUCAUUCGAAUCUCAGCAAAAAUCAGCUGGAGAAAAGACUGAGAGAUCGCGGCACAGAUUACGAUACUCUGUUGGCCUUGCAUAAUGUACACAAGGAUUUCGAAAAGAAGAUUGCAAAAAGCUUUCAAGAUGUCGGUUGUGAUGUAAAACUAGUAAACAGGACUUCUCUCACCAAGGAUGCAAUGGAAUGGGCUGAUUUGUUGGUACCCGUUGGUGGUGAUGGAACAUUUCUGUUGGCUGCUGGUAGAGCAAGUCCAUUGUUUGCAAAAAGCCAGCAAAAAACUCCUAUAGUUGGAUUCAAUUCAGAUCCAAAACAUUCUGAAGGAAGACUUAUGCUGCCUAAGCGUUUUUCUGAAUGUCCAGAAGAUGCCGUUGCCAGAAUUAAGAACGGAGACUUCCGAUGGAUACAUCGUUCAAGAAUCCGUACAACUCUUUUGGGUAAUAAUGGACACAUGCCUGAAUCGACAGAUUUGCAUAGUCAUCGGGUAUCAAAGAUGGAACAAAUACAAACUGUCCCUGAAAGCCUUAGUACGGAAUUUGCAAAGAAAUAUAAUGCAAAGAUGAUGCGAGUACUGCCGUACCUGGCGUUGAAUGAAGUCUUCAUUGGCGAGACUUUAUCUGCUCGAGUUUCACACUUAAAUAUGGUAAUCGAUCAUUCUGAUGUGAUUAAUAAAACCAAGAGUUCAGGCCUUUGUGUGAGCACUGGUUCAGGAUCGACUUCGUGGCAUACAAGCAUCAAUCGAAUAACAAAAAGACACGUUGAAGACCUAGUCAAAAUUCUGCCUGGAAAUAAUCCGAAUUUGGAAAAUAUUGAUGCUCAACAAAUUGCCGAUGAAUAUAAUAAAAAUCUACUCUUCUUGGCAGAUGAUCCUCGCUUGUGCUAUUCUAUUCGUGAACAAAUUUGCGUUGGUGUUUGGCCAAUUCCAAAGAAUUUUCCAUGUCGAAAUUUCGUGAAAAAUUUAUUUGUUCGAUCAAAGUGUAUUGAUGCAAGUCUUGUGAUUGAUGGCAGCAUUUCUUAUCCUUUCAAUGAUGGAGCUAAAGCCUUAUUAGAAGUCCAUCCAGAAGAUGCAUUGUUAACUAUAGCGUUGGAUUAAAAAUUUGACGACACAAAACACCGACUGCAAAUUUAGCUAUUUUGGUUUUAAAUAUUUAAAAUUUGUUAACAAAGUGUGAUGUGAUAUCAUAACAUAAAAGUUAGUUAUGUGUCUUAAUUUAUUUUUAAGAAUUUAUUGAAUGUGUAAAUAUAUUUUUUAUGAUUAAAUUAACAAAUUAUUAAAAAUAAAAAAACAUGUCUAUGA